AGUUAUGGUGGAUAAGUUGAGGUACAUACUGCACCAUUUCAAUUGGAGACGAUUGGGUGUGGUGAGCUUAGCCGAUACGCUUGGCGAGAACUGUCAGUCCGCUGUGAUUGACACGGCCAAGCGCAUCCCCGACUUCGAGCAGUUGGAUGCUGUCCUGGUGUCGAGCUCUAUCCUCUCCCGUGACACAGCCAAACGCGAUGAACACAUUGAGAAUCUAAAAAAGGGCCUCCAAGAACUCAAAGCCAAGAAUCAGAGAAUCAUUUGCUUCUGUGGCAGUACGGGUGACUUUCAAGUGGUCUACAACACCGCGCGUGCGUUGGAUAUGGUGAACGAGGAGUAUGUGAUUGGGGGAGAACAGUAA